GUCACGUAAAAGAAACAACGGAGGGUCAAGUUUGGGUACUAAAUUUGGAGUGGUGAGCAUGGCAGAAUACACUGCGUUGGCAAUGAAGUUGUUUGAAAACAGAAGCACACCAACACAGCCUAAUGUUCUGUCCAACCAAUCAGGACCGUACAUUGAAACCAGCCAAUCAGGAACUUUUCUGGAGGUGACUUUCAGCAUAAUCGCUGUCUUAGCUUUCGCGCUCAAUUUCAUGUUUUGUGUUGUGCUGUUGAAAAAACCUUCCAUGAUGCAGAAGCCGUACAACUUCCUGCUGUUUAAUUUGGCCAUCACGGAUUUGCUCACAGCACUUUCCUUGGUUGCAACACCAGGCUACGUGAGCAGACAAUCCUUGUUUCCGAUUCCUUAUGGAAUUGGUGGACACAUGUUCUGCACACUAUUAGCCAACAGGUAUCUCCUGUUUACAAUCGCCAAAGUGUCCAUUUUACUCGUCACGUGCCUUGCCAUAGAGCGCUGGUGCUGUGUGCUGAAGCCGGUAAAGUACAUGGCACACUUCGGCCGAAGGCGCCGUACCAUCUACGUGGUGGGGUCAUGGAUACUAAGCUGUGCGCUACAAAUUCACAAAAUGUUCGAGAAAAGACUCCUCGGAAAUAAAUGUGUGUCUGUCGAAGCUCCUUACGGUCAAGAGGGCGCGCAAACGUUAAUAGCAAUUUACGGCUUCGCGAACUUUAUAGUGCCGUGUGUUAUAACAUGGCUGAGUUUUGCUCACAUUAAAUUUCGACUACCAAACUCUCCUACUGCUGGGCAGAAAAGUGCAGGCAGACGAGCCGGACAGAAAACUGUUCUACAACUAUGCGCACUGACAGCCGCAGUCUUCACUCUAAGCUGGCUCCCAGCCCAAGUCAGUUACACUUUGUACCCCUUCGGAAUCACGGAUGUAACAAGUUCGCUGCACAAAUCGUGGAAUGUAAUUGCGUUUCUCAAUUCGUGCGUAAAUCCUUUAAUAUACUGGUAUUAUCAUAAGGAAUACAAAAACGCAUUCAUUAAACUCUUCUGUGGGUGUAAGGCACUGCAGCUUCAAGCUAUUAAACCUCUGCACUGUAAUUCUAGAAGUCACGACUUGCCGUUAAAGCACAGAACUGGUGAAUUACCACCACCGAAAAAGGAAUCAUUCCUCUGCAUGGACGGGCAUUUAGUGUAGCAACUGUGUCACGGAAGUGUCUUUUCUGCAGAUACUUUGAUUUGCCUAACCCAGUCGUCUUUCCGCGAUUCAUUGUUGGAGAGUAGGGCUCUUUCAAUGAUCAACUUGAUUUUACAGUGAAAAGCGAUGAGAAAAAAAGAAUAUAAUAAAAUUCCACUUUACUAGGAACAGAUCAUAUACACCUCUACAGGUUCUACACCGAUGGCAUCAAGAAACAAACUGUUCUUUCUUCGUCUCUUCCAGACUUGAAAAGUUCAACUUUCAAUGUCGCUCAUCUGGUCUUUAAAUUGUAAUUACAGGAAUUCAAAGAUGUUUCCACGAGGCUUUGCUCUCUUUUGUCUGAAGUUUCGAGAAAUUUUCAAGAAUCGAGAAAAAAAUUCAGGACUUUGCGAACCGAAGUGUUUACUAGCUGCGUCGAAGACAAGACUGAUUAGAUCGGGGCAUUAAAUAACACGGUUAUUGAAAAAUCUUGAGCUGCUUCAGUCAUUGAUCUCUUUCCAAUCGUCCAAAUUAAAUUUGUAAGGCGAUCGAAGAACUAAUGCAGCGGUUUCAUAGAAAAUGAACACCGUCUUUAAUUCAAAUGUCACCACAGGCCUCUUAAGAGCCUCGUUGUCACAGACGGACCAAGCUUUUCAAAGUUGAAGUGAAGGCAGUAUUUUUCCCGGCGUACAUUUCAAGCUAACUUUUAUGUUGCUAAGUUCUGGUACGUUUCUUGUUGGAAGCUGUGGUGGUGUGAUGCUUUCACCACCAAAGACAGGACCAGUACAGAAAAAAAUUUAUAUCAUUUUGUUAGGGGGGAGGAUUAGGGGAAGGGCUUGACCUCUUUCUUCUUUUAUCACCUCCAUUUAUUGGGCCCCCGUCCUCAUUACAGCCCAGUUGAAAAGUUAUCGGGUUAUCCAUCAAUUUUCGAGAUUGGGUAGGGUUGACUUCUCCAUAUAUUAUAUUUAUCUCCACUGGAGUGCCCCUAUUGAGUGGGCUUGUAUCCCGUUCCCACCCUUGUUAAAAAUUCAGUUCGUCAUCUAUUUAAGUAGUUGAGAGAGACAAAAUAAUUCUUAUCUUCCCACAACUCCAUCAGAUCCCUUUAAGCAGUUUUAUGGUAAAAUUAGGAAAAUGGAAGGUCUAGAUAAUAUUUCAUGUCUUAGGAGCAAGGUGAAAAUCGACAAGAACACAGAAAGCUGUGCAACUACUUUUAUAUCAGUAUCAUUAAAAAAUAACUUACUUCAUUAGCAAACUUGAUUACACUGUCUCUUCAAAACCCUUAUAUUAAAAUGCUAGCUCUGGAUCAAAUCAUAACCUAUAAAUUUCUACCAACUACAAACUAGUUUAAUGUGGAACAAUAUGCUCCAAAUGUGUUUCAUAAUUCUCUGUUAUUUUCUAGAUCUACCUGUAAAUUAAUAAAUAUCACACUUCAUUACAGGUUGCUACAAUUAUAUAUAUGACAUAUAGAAAAAGUACUAAAACAUAUUUUUGAGCAACCUUAGGAUUAUAUUAUGCUAAGUAGAUGUUGCAAAACAAACUAAUCUGAAAGGUAUAGACCAAUGAGGACACUGAACACUUUUUACUUCUUUUCUACAAGUAGUUCUUCUUUUCUAGCUUAGGCCAUCCAUUAAGAUAAACUCAGUUUCACUGUAAAUUAGAGUAAAAAAGCAUAAGAAAAGGAAAUGGAAAAGAGCUGCCCAAAAAAAUGUUUGAAAGAGGGGUAGCUCACAGUCUUAAUACAACUAAUUUUUAACUAUACUAAACAAAGAAUGGCUUUCUCCUUAUGUACCCUUUCAAAUACACCACUGCGAAAGUAAUAACAAAUACGUAUCACUCAGGGCUCGACACUAACUGUUCAACUUACUAGCCAAGUGGCUACUGACAUCUUAGAUGUUUUUAGA